AGCAGCAGAAUAUUUAUUAUUAUAUAAUACAAUUUUUGUUAUAAAUACCUACCAAGUUCUCUGCAAGAAUCCAUCAACUCCUCAUCUCUCUCCCACGUAGACAGACAGCCUGAUCUGAUUGAUAAUAAUCUACUCUCCGUAGACAGAUGGCAAGCAGCAGCAGCCAGCAGCAGCAGAAGAUGAUGAUGAUCAAGAAGCUGCUCAUUGUCUGUCUGCUCCUCUUCCCGUUGGUCGUAGCAGCAGCCGGAGAAGAAGGAUACAAGGAAGAACAUAAUGCGCCCCCAAAGACCACUAACAAGAAGAGGAAGAAUGUAAUUAGAAAUGCAGUAAAUGUAGUUGUGGAAGGCGUGGUGUAUUGCCAGAGCUGCGAGCGCUACGGUACCUGGUCUCUGUCUGGAGCUCAUCCCAUCCCUGCUGCUACCAUCAGUGUGAUCUGCAAAGACUACAGAAACCGGGUUAGCUACUACAAGGCUUUCAAAACCGAUCAAAAUGGUUAUUUCUAUGCUCUACUCCAAGGCUUCAAGAUGUCCCCUUCCUAUUCCUUGCUAGAUCACCCCCUCACUUCCUGCAAAGUCAAACUCGUUUCGUCCCCCCUCCAAACCUGCAACCUCCUUUCCAAUCUCAACUAUGGGAUCAACGGUUCCCCGCUGCGCUAUGAGAGCAAGAAAUUUAUUGCCAGAAAUAAUUACAAUGCCGUCGUCGUCUAUUCUGCAGGUCCCUUGGCGUUCCGCCCAGCUCACUGCACUCCCACCACCACUCUCCCCUGAAGAUCUAAUUGCAUAAGCAUAUGCAUGCAUUUUCUUGUUUUUUUACUUUCUGGGCUGUAACGCCAUAAUUCAUCUUCACUGUUGCCCAUCCGUAUGGCUCUUCAUGAGUUUGAUGCUUCAUUUGUUGUCUACUCAGUUGUUCGGGAAGAGAUUGAUAAUUAUUCAUUUAA